AUGAUCCCAUCAAACAUGUCUACCUUGGAUCGGAAACCCCACAAAGACACAUCUGGCAAGUAUGACUCCGAUUAUUUAGAGGAGAAGGAUGCCGGGAUUGAAGUCUCCUCCCCCGGUGCAUUCCUAUCAGAACCUCACAAAUCCUACCUGAUUCAACGUCAUGGCACUUUGGAUCUUGAUCCGAUACCUAGUAUGGAUCCCGCAGAUCCAUACAACUGGGCUUCUUGGAAAAAAACCGCAAAUCUAGCUCUCGUUGCGUUCCAUGCUUGCAUGGGAACCUUCACUGCGGCGGCCAUCAUCUGUGCCUACGAGAACAUCGCCGAAGAUCUGGAGGUCUCGAUCCAGCAAGUGAGUUAUCUGACAUCACUGCAAAUUGCGGUUUUGGGCGGAGCACCGCUUUUCUGGAAGCCACUUUCACAUCGUUUUGGACGACGCCCGAUCUUCCUCUUAUCUUUGCUACUGAGCGGGGUGUGUAAUGUCGGGUGUGCAAAGAGUACCGACUAUGCGUCGAUGGCGGCUUGCCGAGCCCUGGUUGCAUUCUUCAUCUCGCCUGCCAUGGCUAUUGGUAGCGGUGUCGUUACCGAGACUUUCUUCAAGCACCAAAGGGCGCGCUACAUGGGUGUGUGGACCUUGAUGGUAACUUUGGGUAUACCAAUCGGGCCUCUUAUCUUCGGGUUCGUAACUGAACGUGUUGGAUACCGCUGGAUCUAUUGGACGUUGGCAAUUACCAACGCUGUUCAGUUUAUUCUCUACAUCUUCUUAGGUCCGGAAACCCGUUACAUCGGCGCAGAUGUUCAAUCUCGCUCAUCCGCAUUGAAAACGGAGUACAUGUCGCUUCGACGUAUCGACGCCACUCCAUUCAAAAUGCAGGAGUUCUGGCAUCCAUUGACGCUCUUCACAAACAUUCCCGUUCUUUUGGCAACAAUUGCCUACGCGAUGGUUUUCCUCUUCUGCUCGGUCAUGAACUCCGUUGAAGUCCCUCAGUUGCUCCAACGCAAGUUCGAGCUCAACGCGCAACAGCUUGGACUCUCUUUCUUGGGUCUGGUUGUUGGCUCUUUGCUGGGUGAGCAACUCGGUGGAUACAUGUCUGAUCUUUGGAUGACUAUGCGUGCUCGUAAGAUUGGACGGAAACCGGAGCCAGAGUAUCGACUAUGGUUGAGCUAUAUUGGUUUUCUUCUGGGAAUUGCUGGUAUGGUGGUCUUCUUGGUGUGUACUGAGCAAGCUACCACUGGCAAAUUUGAUAUCCGGCCUAUCAUUGGAACGGGUGUCGCUGCGUUCGGUAACCAGGUUGUGACUACCGUCCUUACGACCUAUGCGGUUGACACCUAUCCGUCAGAUGCAGGUAGUGUGGGCGUGUUCAUUAACUUUGUGCGAUCCACGUGGGGAUUCAUUGGGCCUUUCUGGUUCACUUCCAUGUUCGAGAGCGUCGGUGUCGCUGCGAGUUCCGGUGUCGCUGCCGCUUUGAUUAUGGGUGCGGGAUUUAUCCCCAUGGCUUUGAUGCACUGGCAGGGACGGAAGUGGUAUAGCAAAGCUGGCUGA